AUGUUAGAAAGAUUAAUGAAUUUUAACACAAUACAAGCUGCAAUAACUUGCUCGUCCCAAACGAAUUUUAGUGAACAAUAUAUUAGUAGCAGUUUGAAAUCGAAGAAAUUUGAAUCGAAGAAAACUUCAUCCAACAGAAUCGUAUCUGAAAUCGUUAGAAAGAGUCAACCUUAUAAAGAAAUUGAAGCUACCUUUAAUGAUAACCAUGUCAUCAUCAGGAUGCACAAGGAACCUAACCAAGAGGAGUAUAAUCCCCCGUGUGAAUGUGUCGGCCAAACCGCAACUACGAAAAUAUCAAUGUCAAGUUUGAAGAAAUGCGACGACGGUGUCUCAUUCGAAAUGAACAAUGGAGAUUUGGAACUCUGUCGCAUCCCUCAGGAAGACGCGUCUUCGGCGGACAAGAGCCUCUCUGAAAAGGAAAUGAGUUGUCGCACAAUCAAGUUAUAUCCUGAAGCGGAUAAAGAUAUAAAAGCGAAAGUGGAAAAUUCUACUGAACGUAAUGACAAUCCAAAUAUAUUCAUACUAAGAAUUAAGAAGUGGUGCGAUAGUGGCGAUAAGAAACACAAAGUCGAUUUUGAAUUCCGAGCACCGCGGCCUUGGCAAUCACAGAAAAAUUAA